AUGUCACCCGAGCGCCGCCCGCAGUCUGCCCACACCGUGUCACUCGGCAGUCCCCGAGCUCUCUUUUCUCCAUCGAAGGGUGCCAAUGGUUAUUCGCCCUCUAGGGAAGCACCUCCGAAGCUACCAUCAAUCCAACAAGCAACACACCUGCCUCCCAACGGCCGUGUUUCUUUUAACGGUGGCUCUUUCCACUCUUUCCAUUCACAACGGCCGUCAUCCUCCCACUCCACUCAAAGCCCGACAUUUCCCUCACCUAUCCAGAACCGUCCCUCAAUGUCUCCUACCCAGGGCAACCGUGAUGUUGGACCCCUUGCCGGGUUUCCACCUGCACCACCAUCAGACAACUCAGGCCCAUGGACACCUUACAGGCAACACCAGGCCCCACGCCGAGGCAGUGGUCACUACGCUUCCUUCUCUUCAAUCCCUGGUGGACACCCAUCCUUUGCAGCUACGCCCAAUGCUAGUCACUCGUCCCCUCCACAAAGUUCACAUGGCGGUGUUGCACUUUCAGGGAUCAGCCCCACCAAGCAAUCACCUCGCCCCGUUACUUCUGGGAGUAUGACGGGUGCGCCAAUCUUGCCUCCUAUACAGAAACUUGAGCCGAGUCCCAAGUUGAUGGGACGCAGUUCGCCUGAUGCUCCCAUUCCGCCACCCGUAAAGUGCAUGACUCCUGAGCAAGAGGAGCGCAGACAGCGCGAAAACGCUCUGAUGCUUCAUGCCCAGUCCCAUGCUCCCAAUGGUCAACAUUCGGCCAUGUCAUCUCCAUCGCUUAACCGGAUACCGCCUCUGGGACCAUCUGCACUGUCGCAAAGACAUGAAUCAACGGUUCAAUCCGAAUCUGGUCCCAAGACGGAGGGGCAAUAG